UAGUACUUGAAGUCUAUUUAUAGAUGCACUUGAGGCUGUUUAUGCGCAUAUGCUGUGAGAUGAUAAAAGAACUGAGGUUAUUCAAAGUCUGAUGUGUGACCAGCAAUUAUGAAGACCACACAGAAUACAGACCAAAGGAAAAGAAACUCCAGUUAUGCACAUCCCCCUGAUGUCGACAUCAACCCGUUGCCUCCCAGUGCCUUCACCUGCGUGCCACCGCCAAUUGGAACCCCACAAGCUAUCCUAUUAAGACUAGCCCAAAUUCAGGCUCAACUGGUCUUAAACCUGAUAAAUAACCUUACAACUGGAAAUCAAAGUUCUGGGAAUCCCUUUGUCCUUCUAUAUCUCCUGCAGGCUGCUCAAAGAACCCCAUAUUUGUCCAUGUAUCAACCGCAAAGUGUUGUUCCCCUUUCUCAUCUACUACAUAGACAAAAUGUAAAUUCUACCACACACAUAGUAAACCCUCCGUCACCAAAUGGUACAAGGGUGUCAUCAGUGACAGAAAUAAGAGCGCUCACGGCGGAGGGUCCCUUUCAAGCAAAAGAGGUCUUUCAGGAGACAGCAAGGAACACAACGCAACGAAUGCAAUCUAUAAAACCACUUGACAAAAAUGUGUCCAGUAGGUCAAUGAAUGCCAUUAAAAGUCCCACCAAUGUCAUGACACCACUUGAUAGACAGGUUUUAAACACUUUGGACAUGGGAGAAAAAGAGCGACAUCCAGUGCAACAUCUUCCAUCGGAAAGUCUGCGGAAAGCUUUAGCCAGCCUUGAUCUUUCUCUAGAAGACCUAGAAUUACUGAGUCACUGCCCAGAUGAUCAUCUAACACAAGAGAUGCUCCCCCUUAUCAUACAAGACAUGCAAAAGCGUAAAGAAGCGAAGGCCGUAAAACAGACGUCUCCUAAAACAUACAACAUGCCAAGGGUCAUUGAAUAUGGCCAUGUUAGCAAGACCUCGGAUCAAGCGGAGUCACAAAGAAAGUCAUCAUACACUUAUGAUAUGCAUAAUGGCAGAGGAAAUCUGAAAAUUAAACACAGUCAAUUGCAGAAAGAACAGUCUGCAUCUCCUUUCUCGUACAGUUUGCAUAGUCCCUACGGACCCCUGUGUGAUUCCCAUACCCAUGGAGCCCUCCCAGAAAGAUUCAUUGCACAUGAUUUUAUUAAUAGGAAUUUGUCUCCUCAGUCUAGAACACGAAAAAGAGAUUCAUCAGAGAGAAGAUCGAAAAUCUUCCUUAGGAGGCUACAACAUGGACACGCUGAGGUUACCAGAAAUAGGCCUGGUUCUGUCUUUAACUCCUCUGGCUUAAGACAUAGCCUUAUUUCUCCAGGCCAUAUUGAGACAAGACAUUUUAUGUCUUCUGAUGUCAUGACAAAAGGUCACGAUGAGCUGUCAUUUACAACUGUGACGUCAGAAAGAAAUACUGAAUCCGUCAUCAUUCAGAAACCAGUGGACAUGGAAAAUGUAAAAACAUCAACUAAAACUCAAGGUGUGAUUCGAUUGUCUCGAAUCCCUCUUGAUUUCUCUGAGAGUGAACUUAUUCAAAUGGCAUCUCCCUUUGGUAAACCUGUCGAGGUUCUAAUGGCAACUGAGAUUGACAUGGUAACUCGUCUAGAAUGGAAAAAGGCUUUGGUGUUUCUUCCAUCUGAGAUAUCAGCCCAGGAGAUGGUGAAGGUUUAUUCUGCUAUCCCACCUCAUAUGAGACGGCAAAGUUUGGAGCUGGUUUCCCAAAGUCUAUACCUCACUUCAUCUGUGUCAGUGUUUCAUGCUUUUGUAGGACCAUCAACGUCAAAUGGGCUGCUCACUCCUGUAGAUCAUUUGCUGGUUGUAUGUAAUGUCCCUCGUGAGCCAUGUGCUGCUACAGGAGUAUUGCGGCUACUAAAACCUUUCGGACAAGUUUUCAGAACGCUUGUGUUUAAUGGAAACAAGGUGGAUGUUGACCAGUGCCUUCGGAACAAUAACUGUAUCCAGAUGGUUUUAGAGAUGGAAUCUGCAGCGGUUGCUUUAUCUGUUUAUGAGUGGUCUCAAAAAAUCCCUUGCAUUUAUCACAACCAUAAUUUGUCUUUUAUCAGAGGAUCACAUAUAGAGCUCAAUAUACCGGAGGUGAAAUCAACGUAGCUAAUAUCAAUAAUGUUACUUUUCUAUUAAGCAUGGUUUAUUUAUUCAUCUGUUAUUGUUUAGUAUAUUGUAUUAGCAUUUGGGCACAAUAGAACACGGUAAAAAUGGUGUCAAUGUUUUUCUUUCAACUUGUAUAACUUUUCAAAAAUGUACCUCUCCUGCAAUAACCUUGGAAAAGGGGUUUAAUGACCGAGGUUGUAAACGCAAUCUCCUAAUGCAAAGUCUUCACGUGCGAUUAAUGUGUUUUAAA